AAAACGUGUCCUUGUGCUUUUAUGAUGUUGGCGUGUAUGUAUAUGAGUUAUGACCCUCUUCUCCUUAUGUAAGUGUUAAUAAAACAUUGCUGAUUUCAUUUGAUGAUAAUAAAGCAGUGAAUGAUGACUCUUCUUUGUCCUCUAUGCUUCUUCUCAUACUCUCUCUUCAACCCUUUCAAGCCGGCAUAGAACCCAAUUUCACCCUCUGAAUUUUUGUUUUGGCUCUUUGUUCAACACUUUUUAUUGGAUCAUCAGAUAUUAGAUUCCACCUCUGAAAUUUUCUUGCACAAAAAAAAAUAGGGAAAAAAAAUUGCUCCUUUUGUGAAUUUUGAUUCAUCUGGGCACCGACAAAAUUCGAUCUUUUGUGUCUGGAUCACUUCAAAGUUCUUAUCUUUUUAAUUUUAACGAGGUGGGUCGAUCCGAUUUCGGUGUAAUAUUGGUGGGUUUGAUCUGAAAAUUGGAUAUUUUGAAUUCAAAGAUUUUUGUGUUUUUUUUUUUCUGUGUGUGUUUUGAAAUGGUCUAUUUCCAUAGCUCAAUCUCUCUCUGCAAAUCCGUUGACCAAACUUCUGCCAUGGCUAAUUCAAUUUGUUCUGCGGAUUUUGGUUCGAAACCGAGGCAAAGCAAUCAGCUUCAGAGGAAUCGGAGGACGCCCAGUUCAUCAAAUUCCCUUCAGAUUCCACCCUGCGAUCGAUCUCGAUUUGCUGUGGUUGAUGUGGUGAUAUUCAUUGCUGUUGUUUGCGCUUGUGGGUUCUUGUUCUUCCCUUACAUCGAGCUUAUGAUCACUAAGUCCAUUCAGAUUGGAAGGGUGUUCUUGUGUUUGGUGAAGGAAGAGGUUUCUGUUGCACCUUCGAUCUACAUCUCCAUAGGUAUCAGUGUUGUGUGUGCUGCAUUGGCUACAUGGGGUGUUGUGGCUUGCACAACUAGGAAGUGUGGGAAUCCCAAUUGCAAGGGUCUCAAAAAAGCUGCUGAGUUUGACAUUCAGUUGGAGACUGAGGAUUGUGUGAAGAACUCACCUUCAUUGGCUAAGGAUGGUGUUAAUAAGAAGGGUCUCUUUGAACUCCCUCGUGAUCAUCAUAGGGAACUUGAAGCUGAACUCAAGAAGAUGGCACCACCCAAUGGAAGAGCUGUUCUUGUGCUCCGAGCAAGGUGUGGCUGUUCUGUUGGUAGGUUAGAAGUUCCGGGACCUAAGAAGCAACGAAAGAUCAAGAAGUAGGAUACAGGAGAGGGACACCCUUUUGAUUUAUAGGCAGGAACAUGACUGAAGGGGAAGGAAGGAAGGAAUGAUAAUUGAAUCAAUACAGAAUGUGUACUAGUCAUUAUGGCAAAAGGAAUGAUUUCCUUAUUAGGAACUAGGAUGUCUUUAAAUAAGCCCCUUGGCAAUAAGUUGUAAGGAACUAUUGGUUAUACACAGUUAGGUGGUGGUUAUACCUGGGAAUAUAA